AAUAGUUUAUUUAUUUUGAGAGAGAGACAGAGAGACAGACCCAAGAGGGCCCCAUGCUGUCAGCGCAGAGCCCGAUGCGGGGCUCAAACUCAUGAACUGUGAGAUCAUGACUUGAGCCGGAAUGAAGAGUUGGACGCUUAACUGCCUGAGCCACCCAGGCACCCCUAUAUUUUUUUUGACAAAAAACAAUAAUGCCAUACAAACUUUUCUGUAAUUUGCUUUCCCCUGUAACACUUACAUUUGAAAAAUUUUAAACGCAAGAGUUGAAAAAAUUUUAUAGUGUAACAUCUGAAUAUCCCUCACCUAGAUAAUAUAACUAAUGUUUUAUUAAGCUUCGUCACAUGCUCAUCCAUCUCUUGGUCCAUCUGACAAUCCACUUUUUUAUUUUUUUUUGGCUCCGUUUCAUAGUAAAUUGCAGAUAUCAGUACAUUUCUUCCCCUCCCUCCCCGAUACUUCAGCCUGCGUAUCAUUAACUAGAGUUCAGUAUUGGUUUAUAGGGUUUUUUAAAAGGCAUAUUUACAUACCAUGAAAUGCACCAGUCUUAAGUGUACGUUUGCUGACUUUUGACAGAUUCAUAACCUGUGUAUCUCAGACUCCUAGCAAGAUAGAGAUCUUUGUGAGGGAACCAGAAAGUUCCCUUUAUGCCUUUUCUUGUCUAUCAUUAUCCUCCUCUCCUCCAGGAAACCACUGUUAAGCCUUUUCUCAUACAACUUGCAUUCUUUCAUUCAGCACUUUGUGGGGGUAGCCACCUGCCGAUCUAGAUCUACCUCCUUUUCUCCUUUCUUUUUUUCUUAUAAAAUUGUGGUAGCUUGGGGGUACCUGGGUGGCUCAGUCGGUUAAGCAUCCGACUUCGGCUCAGGUCACCAUCUCACGGUUCGGGAGUUUGAGCCCUGCAUCAGGCUCUCUGCUGUCAGCAAGAAGCCCGCUUCACAUCCUCUUUUCCCCCCUUCUCUCUGCCCCUCCCUUGCUCGCGCUCUCUCUCUCAAAAAUAAACAUAAAAAAAUUAAAAUUGCAGUGGCUUGGAAAUAGUCUACACCUUGGAGGUCUCAUAGCUUAUUUGACCAUCCCCCUCCCUCUUCGUGAACAUUGAAGUUGUGCCAUAUCUUUACGAUUAUGAAAGGCACUGUGUACAACACCUCGAAUGUAUAUCUACCUCUACACUCCGAUGAGUACCUUGGUAGCUAUGACUAGAAAUAAACUACUGGGUCAAAGAGUUUGACAUUUUAAUAGAGACUGCUAAAUUGCCCUCUGAAGAUGAUUGUAUCAGUUUACAUGCAUACCAGCAAUGGGUGAGAGUGUCCUCUCCUGUACGCUCUCUCAAGACUGGAUAAUCCGUCUUUCUAAAAGGUUUUAAAUACAAGGGAUGAAAAAUAGGCCUAGUUAUUUCACAUUUUCCUCAUCAGUAAUGAUGAGCCACUGAAUUUUUUUCCUUUGUGAAUUGCUUCUCUAUGUAUUUACUUCAUAUGCCUCUUACCAGUCAUACGUUGUAAUCUGUUUGUUUAAUGUUUAUUUAUUUAUUUUGAGAGAGUGAGAGAGAGAUGGCACCAACAGGGGAGGGGCAGAGAGAGAGAGGGGGAGAGAGAGAAUCCCAAGCAGGCUCUGCACUAUCAGUGCAGAGCCCCAUGCAAGGCUCGAACUCCUGAACUGUGAGAUCAUAACCUGAGCCGAAACCAAGAGUUGGAUGGACAGUUAACUGACUGAGCCACCCAGGUGCCCUGUUGUAAUGUUUCUUUAAAAGGGAUGCUGUAUCUUUUAACUUCAUCUUUGGUGUGUUUUAGGCUUCACAAAUUUUAAUCCUCAUGUGGUUACGCUUCACUUACGGGUCUUGUUUGUGAAGGUCUUACUCAUUCUGAGAUUAUAAAACCACUUGCUGUUUUCGUCUACUACUCUUGCUUUUUAUUUGGCAUUUGGAAGAGAAAAAUCACUGUGAACUGAGGUGACAGGAAGAAUUUCAUAGGGAGAGUGAGAUUCAAAUUGACCUUGAAUUAUGACUUGAAUUGAAAUAGAAGUAAGCAAAAUAAUGGGGCCAUUUCGGAUAGGAGGAAUGAGAGAAGGAAUAUUUUUUUCAUAUUCACAAACAGUCAUAAGACCAGUGGCUGAGGCGGAGAGUCCUAUAAAACUGGAAGUUUCGAGCUCACAUUUCUAGAUUUCCUGUAAAUACUUUUGGCCAAUUUUUAUCAUUUUCUGAAAUGUGCAUUUUGAUGUUAUCAUUUUCUGUCAUAUAAUAGUUUUCCAAAUCCCUUUCUUUUCCGAGUGACUCGAAUAUUCUUCCCGAGGAAAAUACAUGGUAAAAUUUAGUUGCCUGAAAAGGCAAGAAAAGAAAGGUGGUUUCCUACUAGAAUGGUUUGAGUGUUGUAAAUAUUUAUGUAGUCUGGUUUAUUAGAGUUGAAUUAUAAUAUCUUUUAAAAAAGUUUGUGCGGUAGUAAUUUACAUCAUUAUUGAAGUUAGUCAUGGCACUCAAGUCGAGUUACCAGAUAGCAAUCUUCAAAAAUGUUGAAGUACCAGUAGGUCUACUAAGUUACAUCAAAGUUCGAGUCAUGAGCUCACCAUUUAAUGUACCAAUUAGCAUGUUCGAAUCUCUAUAGCUAAUGAAAGUAUUUUACAAAUGCCACCCUGGAGACCGAACAGCAGCAGUGUGUUCAGUUCAGUUGUGGGUCAGGAUGCGUAAUAGUUUCUGUUCAGCCGGAAGCCACGCCUGGUGGAUAUUAAGCGAGUGGAGUGACCCUACAACUCUGCCAGUUACGUGUCUCUGGUUGUAACCUGAUUUGGAGCUCUGGGAAGACUGCUGUUUGCUUCUGGACAGUCUAGCUGUAAGGCUUCUGUGGCACUAAUUUUCGCUUAUCAGGGUCGUCUUCCUUGUGGGUUGGCAGGCAGUUGUAGGACUGCAAAAUGGGUCUCCGGAUUCACUUUGUUGUUGACCCACAUGGUUGGUGCUGCAUGGGUUUGAUUGUCUUUGUCUGGUUAUACAAUAUUGUCUUAAUUCCCAAAAUUGUCCUCUUUCCUCACUAUGAAGAAGGACAUAUUCCAGGCAUAUUAAUAAUAAUAUUCUAUGGCAUUGCCAUAUUUUGUCUGGUUGCUUUAGUGAGGGCCUCAAUAACUGACCCAGGAAGACUCCCUGAGAACCCUAAGAUUCCACAUGGAGAACGGGAGUUCUGGGAAUUAUGUAACAAAUGUAAUUUGAUGAGACCAAAGCGAUCCCAUCACUGUAGCCGCUGCGGGCACUGCGUGAGGAGAAUGGAUCAUCACUGUCCGUGGAUUAACAAUUGUGUUGGCGAAGAUAAUCAUUGGCUUUUUCUGCAGUUGUGUUUCUACACAGAACUUCUUACUUCCUACGCACUGAUGUUUUCUUUCUGCCACUAUUAUUACUUUCUUCCACUAAAAAAGCGUAACUUGGACCUCUUUGUGGUUAGGCAUGAAUUGGCCAUAAUGAGACUAGCUGCCUUUAUGGGCAUUACUAUGUUAGUUGGAAUAACUGGACUUUUUUAUACUCAACUAAUUGGCAUCAUCACAGAUACAACAUCUAUUGAAAAGAUGUCAAACUGUUGUGAAGAAAUAUCGAGGCCCCGAAAGCCAUGGCAGCAGACCUUCUCAGAAGUUUUUGGCACUCGUUGGAAGAUCCUGUGGUUUAUUCCUUUCAGGCAGAGGCAACCACUGCGAGUUCCCUACCACUUUGCCAAUCACGUCUAAACAGAUGGAUGGUGGGCACAGAUGGGUCCUCCAUGCUGGAAAUGCGUUACAGGUUUUCUGAUAAUAGAACUAUGACAGUCUUCAAGUCAAUUAAAAUCCACCCACCAAUCUUAGGCGUCAUAAUGUGCCCCAGGCUUUAUUUUAAUAGUGAUCUUGAAUCCUGUUGUGGGACUAAUACAAGAUCUAUAUUUAAGUUUUAAAGCAUGUUUACUUUCAAAUUAGCUUUCCACGGGGAUUUCUUGAAAUGCUUUUGUUAUUAAACCCAAAAGGCAGUGAUUGAGAUAAAAUAAUUGUACAUAAUUUUUUUUCUUUUUUUUUUUUUAGUACUGACAAUGUUGCAGAUUUUAAUUUAUGGGAAAUUUCAGAUGUUUAUUUAAAUUUUUCACUCUCAAACAGUACUAACCAAAUCUGAAUUUAAUUCUUCAGGUUUAUAAAAGUUGACACACCUUAUAGUAUAUGCAAAUUUUUUUUCAAAUGCAUAAUAAUUUAAAUAAUACUGCCUUUUUUAUAUGCUGCAGGAUUUUUUUUAAUGCAGCAUAGAAUUGAACAAUAAAACAACAACAGAAAAAGGGCAGUGUUUUCUUAGAAGUAGCUUUCUAAUGUUUUCUGUUUUUCUCUUCACCAAAAACAAAAUAAAAACGCCACUAAAAUAAAACACCAACUACCUACCUUAUUUUCAAGGCAAGAUUGAUUUUUUUUUCCAUAUUAACUUUUCCAUUUCUUUUCCCUAUACUGAUGUAAUUAUUGGUUGUUGUUAAAAUAAUUACUCCAAGGUGAAAUUUUUGACCAAGCGGGCAUGUAUAUUCUAUUUUACCCUAAGAUUUUGAUGAGCAAAAAGGGUAGAGAAUUUGCAAUAAUUCCACAGAUACCUUUUCUAGUAUGGUUAUAUUACAAUGCGUAUGUUUUUAAAGUGCUAGUAUAACUAGAUAAUAUAUAAUGUACAGUAUAAAGAGGAAUAUUGUGCUUUUGAAAAACAAAUAUAUACUUUUUACUUUUACUUACCUACUAGUAGAUCUAAAAUUACACACUCAAGGUUUGUAUGUAAUAGAUAUUGGCCAACUAAGAAUGAAAUCUUAGUUAUAGGAAGUCGCUAGUAAAAGUAAGUUAAUUUUUGUGUACCUAUAAUCACCCAAAUUGCAAUUGGCCAACUAUAAGUUUGGAUUGAGAGACCUUUUGUACUUAGUACCUAAUGUUAGGAAAUGACCUUAAAAUAAGAAAACGUCAUGAUCUACAUGAUUAGCUUCUACAAAUUUAAAUUGCUAAUGGUGAUGGUCUCUUGGAGAGCAUAGAAGAUUUGUGAGGAAAGACAUUUUAGCAUGCUUUGAGAAAAAUUCAGCUUUUACACUUUUUUCCAUUAGAAUACUGCAAAAUCCAUAUAUCCUUUUCAACAAUUUAUGUCCUCACAGUCUUUCCCUUGAAGAGAAGAUUAAAGGGGUCCACUGUUCUUGGAACAUACCAGUAUUUUCCUUUUAGUUAGUUUUGAGAGUAAGGAGUCAAACCUGAGAAAUCAUGAAACAGAAGAUUUCCAUUGACAGCCAGUGAACUCUACUGUAGUUAGUUCUUUCAGGAAUUGUAAAUAUCUUCUAAAAUAAUUGAAUAAGCUGUUUUCAGAAAUACAAAAACCAUGUCUUUCAUGUUCUGACUACAGUGCUUUAUUAUUUAAAAAUUUGGAAGUGGCAGAUGAAAAUAUUUAUUAGUGCUGAUAAGAUGCAUAGUAAAUGUAAUAUGAGGAGUAUAUUUAUAGAGCUUAGUGAACCACAAAAUUAGUAUGUUUGUGUCCGGCACCUGGGUUGGGUUUUGUGCAAGCUAACAUAGUGACCACAUUUGGUCUGUUGACAGAACUGUUAAAGGGAAGUAACGUGUAGAUAUGUAGAUAUAUAUCAGUCAAAUGCCUCAUGCUGUGUACAUUUCUGUCAGAUGAGAACCUUGAGAAAAAACAAAGCCAACUGUAGACCCGCUAAAGAGCUUUAUGGACAUAUUUAUGCUUCACGUAGUAGCAGUAGCUACCUUGAAAGGUAUAUACCUGGGAGAUCUCAUUGCCGAUCUCUGUCUCAGUAAUGGGAGCCAGAGAUGGUCCUUUCCCCGCCCUGAGGGUUUUUGUUUUUCUUAGAUUUACCACUUCUGGGCACAUUUUCCUCCCUCUUUUCUCUUUAACCUCCCUGUCCUGUUCCCUCUACCUGAUUGCUCACAGUCUUUGGGGUACAAACUGAUACACUAGGCAAGGCAUAUAUUUAUUUUGUUUGAAUGGCAGAAAUGCUACGUAUCAAUCUAUGUAAGAAUCUAUAUUAAAGCCUAUCUGUAUACACUUUUGCUGUAAUUUUCAGUGUGCUCAGGUCAGCACACCUAAUUGUGUUUACAAUUCUAGAGCGAUGACUUGAAAGAAGCCAACCGGCAGUUUCCUGGGACGCAUGGAGUCUAGUUGUGUUCUCUCUGCGCCCUCUUUUGGCUAACUAGUGUAAUUAUACUGGUUCUAGAGAUUUAUUGCCCCACAGUUCAUUAUUUGUAUGGCCUAAUUCUGAGCAUGCCAGAGGUGCAAACUUAGGGGAAGUGUAAGUACAAAAACGUAAGAGUUUAUGAAAACCAGUGCAUUCCCGUUUAUGAUGGCAGUGUCUGGAUCAUACAAAUAUGAUAACUACUUUGGUUCAUCCGUGUAUAUUAUUAUACUUUUUUACUAUCCAUUAGAAAUUUAUAUCAGAUCAGGGUAAACAAAUGUAAACCAUUUCAUGAAUAAUAUUUUAAACCUUAUUUCGGCAAAUUAAGUGCUUAGAAUUAGGAAAGCCAUUACCUAAAAUUACCAAUUCAUUACAAAACACAGAAACUUACUGUAGUUACGUUGGCAAGCAAGUAUCUAAUGUGUUUUAAUGAGUAUCUAAAAAAAUACACUUAGAUUUUUUAAUCUCAGUUUCAGAAUGAUUUUUUUACUGAUUUUAUUGUAUUAAUAGAAUAAUAGAUUAAUAAUUCUUUUUAUACUUCAUUCUUUUUAAGAGUAUAAGUUAUACUCUUAUAAUUCCCAUUCAGAAUUCUAGCUAUAACUUUAGUAGUCAUCAUAUUAUGGGUUUUGGAUAACUGUGAAAAUGACUAAUGUUGAGCCUUAUUAGAAAAUACUUACAGGCAGUGAAAUUACUGAUAUAAUCUAUUUGUUGGAUGAAGUAUUUCCUUAUAAACAUUCCAUUUUGUUUUAAGCAAAAUAUAUGUUAAAGGAUGCUUUGCAUCAGCAAUUCUUAAUUGGGCUCUGGAAAUGAAAGAUUUUUAGCCAGAUAUUCUGAGUUACAAGUUAUAUUUGUUGUUGUUCUCUUCUGUAAACAAAAAUGCUUAUGGGCCCAAGAUUGUAGGCAAAAAUGGACUGAGUUCAGAGUCCCCCAGACAGCAGGCAUCAGUUUAAAGAGCUUUUGGUACUUUGUAACCAAGACUUCUAGUUUAAAAAUACAAAGUUAACUGGUGUUCCAUUAUAAGGAAAAUACUAUUUUGCUUAAGAAUUGUAUUAAAAGUACUUCAUAUAAGAGGUAACCAUAUUUAAAAUUUUAGUUAAUGUUUUAACCUCUUUUUAACAGAAGAAAGCAUAGUUUACUUUUAAUAGUAAUGGAAGUACGGAGCAUAAGCAGACAUAAUGCUCCAUAUGACAACUAAGUUAAAACUUCUGUUGGACUGAACAGCAGUGACUUUUUGCCAAUGCUUGGAGGUAUUUUUCUCUGCGGAUGCUGGCUAAUUAUAGCUAUUCAUUGUCACACUCUUAAGUCACUUCCAUAAAAGUUGAAGGUGUGAUUUGCUCAAAAGGGUGUAUUAUUUCUGAAUGCUAAUCAGAAAGACUUAGGUUAGGAGGACACUUCCGACUGGGAAGUGUGAAGUAAUUUAGAGUAUGACCACACGGUUUCCUAUGUAUUAGAUCACAGGGCAGUUCGUGUGUUCUCGCGUGUGUUGCUGUAAAAUCGCGGUGUGUCCGGCCCUGAUGUACAAUGGCAUUAAUGUUAACAGAGCUGCUAGUCUCUCCCUGGACUUUGCUCUAGUCUCUAACUACUUCCCUCGUGCUUCAUGUAUGAAUAGAUUGUCUAGCUCAAGUUUACUAAACGAGUGCUGCUUCAUUAAACACAUUUUUGACAUCACCUCAAAUGUAAGUAGAUAUACCUAGAAUUUAUUUGGGAAAGCUUAUGCGUACAAACAUCAGAUAGUUUACUAAUAGAUACAAGGUUUAGCUUUUUUUUACCCAACCUGUUCUUGCUUUUGAAAAUGUAUGUAUUGGCAGAUGUAGUCAUGUACAUUUAGUAUGUUCUGUUUGCUAGUGUUAUUAACCAUAUAAUUAACAGCUGAACGAGUGUAUUAUUUAAUGUCAUUUGUUACCUUCUACUCUAAGAAUCACCCUCAGAUUUUAUCUAUAAAUCAACAAUUGCACUGUGCUCUGAAUUUAGCCAUUUUCAAUUGAAUCCUAGAAUAUUCUGCAGUAGAAUGUGAGAAAGUAAUAGAAGCAACUUGUUUAAAGUAUUUUGAACCAAUGUUGUUGUUUUAUAUAUCAGUCAGUAUUUAGCAUUUCCGCUGCCUUUGGGAUAAUGAUGGUUUAAUUUCAGGAAAGUGACUGUUUUCUCUGAUGUCUUUCAUCAUCAUUGUGCAGUUUUUAACAACAAAAUUUACUGCAUUUUUGUCUGUUCUUCAGAUGUUGUAAUACUUCCUGCUAGUGCUAAUUUGCGACAGAAAUAACAGUGGCAUUUAUGGUUCUUAAGGUGUUGAUAUUACCAGUAUUUUCCAUUCUCACUAUAUAUAUUUUUACUAUUAUAUGUCCUUUUCCCUCAUCCACCAUAGAGGGCAGAUACAAAUGAGCAGUGAGUAGCCAAAAUUGGAUAAAGAUAUUAGGGAAACUUUCGAAGAUGGGAAGAAGGCUAGAUGGGACAUGUAAAGCAGCAUCUCAGUAACAGGGUUGACGGGAGAUAGUCUCUGUGACAUCAGGAAAUCCCCAGCUGUAGUCAUUUUAGCCUUAUCUCUUGUUGAUAAUCAUUUUACUGUAAGAGUUGUUAAUGCAUGGGAGCAUUUAGUUAGAGUUAUUUAUAUUGCGGAUUCUCAUGAGUUGGCCAGAUGCCUUUGAAAAAUUAUUUUAAAUUUUAAACAUUAUAAUUAUGUAGCGUAUGCUAACCUGAUGUGUUAUGAAUAAUGUGAAAGCUACGGCUAUUUAAUGGAGACUUGGGAAAUGAAUAGGUUAUUGAAAGUUUGAUUGGAAAAAUUGGGACCUUUUUUUACAAGCCACCUAUUGCAAAUAAAGGAUACAAAAUAUUAUAGUAAACUUGCCACCAGAGGGAAAAUUAGCAAUUUGUGUAUAAAAGGUGAUUUUCACUUUAAAAUUUGGGCUAUUUUGGUCCCUCCAAGGUCACUAUAUCUAUUGGUAUUGUGAACACCUGUAACAUGUUAAUGUAGCACUUGCCACAGUUGUUCAACACCUGGAUCUUUUUGGUAUCGAUAGCUUUAUAUACGAGCAAAGGUAUGGACAAAACAGCAACAACAAAAGUUAUGCUUCUUUUUGUGGCUUCGCUUGCCUGUUUGAUCUCAUACAGGGUUUCAUUGCAUAGGCUGUUAACUAAAGGGAAAGGUUGUCCACAUAUCGCCAGCUCUGUGUUCUUGCCAGUGUGCACUGGGUGAUCUUUCAACCUACUGGUGCCUGAAGUUAGUGUUUUACAGCCUCAACAACUAAAACAUACAUACUGGUGCUACUCAUUUUAGCAUUGAGUGACAUUUUUAAUUCCUGUACCAAAGAAUUAUUUAUUUAGGUUUUUUGUUUGGUUUUUUUUGGUUGACUGGGACUUUGCUUCUCUCAUCCUUCUAAAUAAUGUCCCUAAGAACAAUUUUGAUGAACACAUUUGAGUUUUUGCACACUUCUGCCUCAGUUUAAUUGGUUUUAAAUGUCUCUCAUUUGGACUUUUUUUUUUUUUAGGCAUAUUAGUAUGGUUUUUCAGUCUGUAUUUUAAUAUAGAUUGGCUACUUUAAAAGGUAGUUUAAUAGGUUGAGGUUACAAAAGAUAAUUGAACACUUUUCACAAGAUUGUAUUUUAUUUCUGCAGAAAUAAAUGAAAAAUAAUAAGAACUCCUUUUAUUUCUGUAAAUGAGCUGUACAUCCUAUUGAGCCCUCUUAAUGAAUGCUGAAACAAAAUGCUAAAAUGAAAAGUUGUAACGGGCUCAUUCUGAUUAUAAAUGAAUUCUGCAUCUGUCUAUGUAUGGGUGUGGGGGGAUUAUUUUCCAAAUAAAAAUACAAUUAAAGAACACCUUUAAAAAAUAUAUAUCUACACACACACACCACACGCACACGCACACACGCGCUCCCCAAGAGGAAAUGCAAAUGUACCUUGAUUUAAGCAAAAUGAUCAUAGAAAAUUGAACUUCACCAACACACACACCCACAAAAGGUGUCUGGAUAUUGCUACUCACUUUACCUGAAACUUAGAGUAAGAUUAUUUUCAGAACUACUUCUGCUUAGUGAUUCAUUUUGCCAAAAAAUGGGGGGAAAUGCCCUUUAGAAAUACUUGCAAUUGUCCAAAUGUAGUACGGCUGUCGGGGUACACUCUGCCGGUUCCCUGUUUUUUCUUUUUCCACAAAUUUUCAAAAUACUUCUUUAGUGUCCUUAAAACUGCAACUCAAGUGGUUAAAAUUUCUGGCAAGAAGAUAACUUUGUGUAUUGGAAAAGUUGACAAUCACAUUUGAGAAUGUUUUACAUUAUUUUCAGUCAACCGAAAUCAAAUUUCUCCUUGAAUGUAGAUACAGUAUAUGGUUUUGCAGUGAUUUCUGAAUGGAAAAAAAGAGUCAAGUCUGAAACUUAAAUGGAAUAUGACAUAAGAUCAUUUGAAUUAUAUAUAGAAAUACAGAUGUACCUGCCAUUAGAGGUAAAAGGACAAUUUACUUGUAAUCAAAAUGGGAAGAAGCAACAUUGUGUCUCUAAUUGUCAACAAUAUAUUUCCCAGGUUCUGUUGCUGCAGUAUCGGUUCUGAGUUAUUUGGCUUGUUUUUUAUUUAAAGUGCUGUGGGUGAAUGCAGUUGCUUGUUCAAGUUAUUGGUAGUGGAUAGUUCACCGCUAUUUGUUGUCCUCCAGAGAUGAACAUUAAAAAGAAGUUCUUCUUUAGUGUAGGCAGAACGAAACAACUACGAUGAUCUGAUAGGAAGGAAGAAAUUCCUCCACAAUCCGAGACCAGUAAGUUGCGAAUCUAACACAGGGGGUGCACGAUAGCCGUUCGGAGGCCUGAGCACAGAUAACCACGCUUGUAUGAGCCGUGUGUCCCCGAAGCAGUCUUUUUAAAACUCUGACUGGCAAGUUGAAUGGGCAAAAUCUGUGACAUUUUGGGGCUCCUAAAAUUUUGUGUCCACCUCAAACUGUGUCUAAUGUUACAUCCUUAAAAUAAAAGUCUUUUAAUAGUGGGGCGUUCCAAGUGCCAUAAAGAUCCUGUUUUCGAAUGUGUCAGGCGUUUUUUCAUUCAGUGCAUAUGUUUAAAUCUGAGUGCUGUUUGGCUGCAUUGUCUGUUUUACCUUGUCUGGUCCCUCAAGAGCAUUUAAAGAAGAUCUUCACUAACAUUUCUAGUGCUAAUGGCAAUAGGGAAAAUAAUAGCUGAGAGCUGAGACCAGACUGAAAAGAGAGAGGAAGCCAUGUAUCUGAGAUACACUUGUUUAAGUGAAAGAUCUACACUGGUUCUUAAAAUGGAAAACCAUGUAUCUACCUUAAGAACAAUGUUUUGUGGGUUUUUUUUUUUUAAUUUAUUUCAGUGAUUUAGUUUUUAUUCCUGUAAUAUUUGUUUUUCUUUGCAGAUUGUUUUUAAUUUAAAUUGUGGAAUUUUUACUUCUCUUGAAAUGUAUUAUGUACUGUAUUUUUAGAAAUCUUAUUUUUAAAUAAAUAUUUUUCAAAAACAUA